AUGGCUGACAUGUCGCCCGAUGACACAGAUUUUGGCGACUUUGUGAGCAAUGAAGAUGAGGAGCUUGAUCUUGAAGAGCUUGUUGAGCCUUGGCAUAAGUACGAUAUAAAGGAAACGCCGAACGUCUUUUAUCCCGUUUAUCUCGGUGAAGUGCUUAACGACAGAUAUCUGGUCGAGCAUAAACUUGGCUUUGGCGGUGGUUCUACUGUCUGGAUGGCUCGUGACCUUUAUGAAAAGAGGGACGUAGCCCUUAGAGUGAUGUCUUUAGGAGACUGGGGAGAAAACGAAUACCAUGUGCAGGACGAAAUCCUGAAGAACGUGGAGGAUACCUCUCACCUAAUGACGUAUCUAGGGACCUUUCUUCUUCCUGGGGAUAAACAUAGGGUGCUAGUGUUCCCUGUGAUGGAUCUAAACGAGAGAAACUGCAUGUGGGGGAUGACCCCUCUCCAUGAUCUUAACAGGAGCGCAAAAUAUGAGGCACUCGGUCGGCCACUGAAGCAAACCAUACCAUUUGUCGACCUCUGGAAGAAGGGGGAGCUUGUUUCGCCAGUUAUUGUCCCCGAGGAUCUGCGCACAGAGGAAUUCUUUCUCGGUGACUUUGGUUUAGCGAAAAAACUUAGCGAUAGCGCGACUCAACGAGGCUACCCACCUUCGCAAUAUUGCUCCCCGGAACGUCUCCAUGGGAAAGAUCCAAGUUUUGCCUGUGUUAUGUGGAGUUACAUGGUUGUAUUUUCUGUGAUCUACCUUGGAUUUGUGCCUUUCCCUACCUAUCUUAAAGAGGGAGUAAUAAGUGCUUUUGUUAGGUGUUUGGGUCCAUUGCCUGAAGAAUGGAAGGGCCUUUGCACGGAUGGGCUUGAUUCCUGCGUAGCACGCGCAAUCGACUUUGAUAUUAGCAAUGAAGAUUCGAUCAAAGAUGCCGCGAGUACCUCAACUUACGCUAUGAUGAGAUAUUAUUACGGCAACGAGACAGGCCAAAUUCCUGGCGCCUUUCCAGACAAAUGGUGGGAAGGAGCUACACUAUUUCUUGCACUGUUAGAGUACUGGCACUUCACUGGGGACACAACAUACAACGAGGAGUUAAGUGUCGGAUUACAAUGGCAAUCGGGCACAGAUGGCGAUUACAUGCCAAGCAACUACAGUUCUUACCUGGGAAAUGACGACCAAAUGUUCUGGGGCCUGGCAGCUAUGACGGCCGCUGAGUUCUCAUUCCCGGACCGCUCAACUGGAUUUUCCUGGCUCUCUUUGGCCCAGGGUGUCUUCAAUACUCAGAUCAAAAGAUGGGAUACAUCCUCGUGUGGUGGAGGCUUGCGGUGGCAAAUAUGGCCCUACCAGUCUGGGUAUGGAAUGAAAAAUGCCAUUUCCAACGGGGGGUUAUUUCAGCUAUCUGCGCGUCUAGCCCGCUACACUGGAGAUGAAAUCUAUCUUCAGUGGGCUAGCAAGAUCUGGGAUUGGUCUGUCUCGUCACCUUUGCUUAGCAACACAACGUGGAAUGUUGCCGAUUCCACUGAUGUGGCUAAUGAUUGUGCGACCCAGGGAAAUUCCCAAUGGACAUAUAACUAUGGCACUUACCUGGUGGGAGCAGCGUAUAUGUACAAUUAUACAAAUGGGACCAACCAGUCCCAAUGGCUAACGGCAGUAGAUGGUCUAUUAAACGCUACAUUUGCCAAUUUUUUCCUCACCGAUGGGGUUAUUGAGGACUACUACUGCGAGCCUACAGAAACCUGUAAUAAUAACGAGAUCCUCUUCAAAGGGCUGACAUCCACCUGGUUAGCAUUGACUGCUCUACUUGUUCCGUCCACAUUUGAAAGAAUUGUCGCGAAGCUCCAAACUUCGGGCAAGGCAGCAGCCGCAUCUUGCACUGGUAACAACAAUGGCACUUGUGGUGUUCAGUGGUAUAAGUCUACAUGGGAUGGCUGGAUGGGAAUGGAAGAGCAGAUCAGCGCAACAAAGGUCUUCACCGCAAAUUUGAUCAAUUUCAACAAGACUGCUCCGGUGACCUCGACCACUGGAGGAAACAGUUCGAGCAAUCCAACAGCAGGUGAAGAUGACACUGAUGCUUCUAGUCAAAAGACGACUAAAAUCACCACUGGUGAUAAGGCAGGCGCUGCAAUCGUGACCGCAAUUUUUGUGGCUGUCUGGGUUGGACUCAUGAGUUUCAUGAUGUUUGGCAGUUGA